UAACCUUAAAACAAGGCGUGCUGUCUCGCUUCAUUGUGUUGCUAAAAACAAUUAUGGUCUGUGUUCUGUUCGGCCAACAUGGCGGACGAGUUCGACGGUGGCAGUGGAAGUGGCAGGGGUGGUGGAUUUUACGACAGUUUUGGUGAUGGCCCAAGGGAUUAUGGAGCUUCCUAUGGUGGAGGAAGACGGCGUGGUGGUGGUGGCGGUGGUGGUGGAGGAGGACAUAAAGAUCGAGGACCUAAACCUGUUCCAAAAGAACCUCCGUUUACAGCAUUUGUCGGUGGACUUCCACCAGAUACGGUUCAAGGAGAUCUUGAUAUGAUCUUCGAAGACAUUAAGAUGUAUAUCAGAAGUAUUCGUUUGGUGCGAGACAGGGAGACAGACAAAUUCAAAGGCUUCUGUUAUGUUGAGUUUGAAGACGCCAAUGCACUCAAAGAAGCAUUAACUUAUGAUGGUGCAUUGAUUGGUGAUCAGAGGAGAACACUAAGAGUUGAUGUUGCUGAGGGGCGUCGAGAUGGGGGCCGUGGCGGUGGCAGAGGGGGGCAAAGAGGCGGCAGAGGUGGAUUUGAUGACAGAGGGGGAAGACAUGGAGGUCAAGGAGGUGGAAACUGGGGCAAUAGAGGAGGAGGAGGCCACAGUAACUGGAGUGGAGGAGGUGGCGGAGGAAGCUGGGGUGGGAGAGAUGAUGGUGGCUGGGGUGGCAGAGAUGAUGGAGGUUGGGGUGGUAGAGAUGACGGAGGUUGGGGUGGUAGAGAUGACGGAGGAAGAAGAGGGGGAAGACAUGGAGGAGGUGGUAGAGGUGGGUAUGGAGGAGGAGGAGACAGGAGAGGACCUCCAAGACAAGAUGAUUUUCGAGAACCAACGGCAGAGGAACUAGCUGCCAGGCCAAAAUUAAAACUUAAGCCACGUACAGUGAAAGAUCCUGUUAAUGAGGUGGCCUCUAGUGUUCAACAGAUGGCAAUAUUUGGUGGUGCAAAGCCAAGAGAUGAAAAUGAAUAUGUCAAAGAAAAAAGCAAAGAACAAAGAUCAGACAGCCAAUCUAGUCAAAACAGCACUUAAACACAAGGAAAAUUUAAAUAUAAAUUGAAGAAGAAGCUGCUAUUUUUGAAGUCUAUUCAAAGACAUUCAAAGCUUCUACAACUGGCUACUAGAAAUGAGGCACAAUUUUUGUUUCAUGUCAGCAACAAUUUGUCAAGGAUAUCAAGUCCCUGGCUUUGUGAGAGUUUGUCCACUGCAUGUUCAUGCCAUUGCUAGAACCAGAUGCUCUUCCACACCCUGUGUAUCUGCAUUGUUCACACUAGUUAUACUUAAAAAGACAGUUGUUUAAAAGCGACUUUGUUUCUUUGCAAAGUCUACGGUUUUAGAUUCUAUAUUAUAUUAUUUUGUACAGCAGAUGCUUUGAACACUGUGUUCCUUACGUAGUUUUAACUUUUGUAGGAAAUGGCUGUCCUUUCAUUGAGGAGACAACAUCGCAGUAGUAUACUGAAAACAUGAAAGUUUUCAAGUAUAUACAAUUAUUGAAUUUCACCCUUGUUUUGUUUUAUUGUUUUCCUUAGGCUGACUGUCAUUAUGAAAAGUGUUUUGCUUUGUUUGAAACUUUUAUUUACAAAUUUCCGUUGAAAACUACCAGUGGAAGGUACAAGUAAAAAGGAAAAUAAAUUCUCUGUCAUAAACAGCC